UCUAUUCCACCAUCUUAAUCCUCUCCCGGGGGACUCAAGGUUUAGAGGAAAGAGGGAUUUCUGGUAGGUCCUAUUUUAGGACGAGAUGCAAUACUGUUGAAACACCACCCUGCUUUGGUUCAGACAGUUGGCUUUUCAGCUAGGACACCAUUUCUUCUUCUUUUUUUCUUUUUUUUACUGACUUACUGAACUUAUGAAACCAUGGCGGAAGGAGAGACAAAGUCACCUGGACCUAAAAAGUGUGGUCCCUAUAUCUCAUCUGUGACUAGCCAGAGUGUGAACUUGAUGAUUCGAGGAGUAGUCCUCUUUUUUAUUGGUGUAUUUCUUGCAUUAGUGUUAAAUUUGCUUCAGAUUCAGAGAAAUGUGACGCUCUUUCCACCGGAUGUGAUUGCAAGCAUCUUUUCUUCGGCAUGGUGGGUACCACCGUGCUGUGGCACAGCUUCAGCUGUGAUUGGGUUAUUAUACCCCUGCAUUGACAGGCAUCUAGGAGAACCACAUAAAUUUAAAAGAGAGUGGUCCAGUGUAAUGCGGUGCGUAGCCGUCUUUGUUGGUAUAAAUCACGCCAGCGCUAAAGUGGAUUUUGAUAACAACAUACAGUUGUCUCUCACACUGGCUGCACUCUCCAUUGGACUGUGGUGGACUUUUGAUAGAUCUAGAAGUGGUUUUGGCCUUGGAGUAGGAAUUGCUUUCUUGGCAACCUUGGUCACUCAGCUGCUAGUCUAUAAUGGUGUUUAUCAAUAUACAUCUCCAGAUUUUCUCUAUGUUCGUUCUUGGUUACCCUGUAUAUUUUUUGCUGGAGGCAUAACAAUGGGAAACAUUGGUCGACAACUAGCAAUGUAUGAAUGUAAAGUUAUCGCAGAAAAAUCUCAUCAAGAAUGAAGAAGGCAAAAAUAUAUCUUUUGUUCAGAAAAACAAGAUUCAAAAGGGCAUUUAAAUGAUAGCUAUACCAACAAAACUUUGGACUGUAAAAUUGCCAGGAUGCAGUUUUUCCCUUGACUGGUGUGUGUGUGUGUGUGUGUGUGUGUGUGUGUGUGUGUGUGUGUGUAUGUAUGUGUAUACACACACAUACAUAUAUUAGUGCAAUCUGUGAUUGCUUCAUCUGUAAAUCAAGUACAAACCUGUAUGUAUUUGACUUAACUGUAAAAUAUAUAUGCACUACUUUAAAAAAAUGUUGAUUAAUAGAUUAAAUUUUUACAUUAAUUUUUUAAACAUACUGUAUAUUGUAUCACAAUGUUGAUGUGCCAAAAUAUUCUGUUAUCAUCAUGCAGAGUAUAAGAAUGCUUUGAACAAUUUAUAAACUUAGUGAAAUAAAAUAUGAGGAAAGCCAAAAAAAAAAAAAGAAAAUGGAAAGCUGGUAUAUUCUCUUUCGCUUGCAGUUGUGCCUUUUUAUUUUUCUAAUUAUAGCAGUCUGAGUUCUGGGUACCCUAAUAUGUGGUUAGUGUCUAUUUUAAUGUUGUCUCAGAUAGCUUUGGGUGUUUUAAUAUAUGAUGAAAAAGAACUUCCAUGAAACAUUUCAAACUUGCAUUAAUGGAGAGAGUCCAAAGAGUAAUUUUUUGUUUUAACAAAUUUUACUAGAAGUAAAAAUGACGAGCAGGAGAGUUUAUCAGCCUGAAAUUGUUUUUAGUCUAAAUCUAGAAGAAUACGUAUCAUUAAAAGUAAAGGCCUUUGGGAGUUCCCGUGGUGAUGCAGCAGAAAUGAAUCCAACUAGGAACGAGUCUGACUAGGUUGAAGGUUUGAAUUCUAGUCUUGCUCAGUGGGUUAAGGAUCCCGCGUUGUCGUGAGCUGUGGUGUAGGUUGCAGAUGCGGCUCGGAUCCUGUGUUGC